AUGGAUCGAAGUUGGAUAAAUUUUUUACGCACAACAAAUGAAUAUGAGAAUGGAGUAGAAGAAUUUCUUGAAUUUGCAAAUAUGAAUGUUCCGGAUAAUAAUGGAAAAUUCUACUGCCCAUGUGUUAAUUUUUUGAAUGAGAGAAAACUACCAACUAACGUUAUUCGGGAGCAUGUUCUUUGUGAUGGUUUCUUAAAGAGCUACACAAAGUGGAUAUGGCAUGGUGAAUUAAUAGACAUGCCAAGUGUAGAUGUUUCUAAAGCAGAAGAAGUUGAUUUAGAGAUAGAUGAUCGAAUGGAGGAAAUGAUUCGUGAUAUUGGACAUGAUUCCUUUCAACGUGCGAAUGUGUAUGACAAUUUGUGCAAUGACGCAGAGAAACCUCUGUACGCAGAAUGCACUAAGUAUACUCGAUUGUCAGCGGUAUUAAAAUUGUUCAAUGUGAAGGCAAGAAAUGGGUGGACUGAUAAAAGCUUCACGGAAUUACUUGAGUUGUUGAGUGACAUGCUUCCUAAAGGUAACACGUUGCCAACACGCAAUUAUGAUGCGAAGAAGAUAUUGUGUCCGAUGGGUAUGGAGUAUCAAAAAAUUCAUGCAUGCCCAAACGAUUGUGUCUUGUACAGGAAGGAGUUAGCCAUGUUACAUCAAUGUCCACGAUGUGGGGUGUCACGAUACAAACAGAAACAUAGUGAGUUUGAAUCUGAUAGUAAGGGUCCUCCGGCGAAAGUUUUGUGGUAUCUUCCUAUAGUUCCACGGUUGAAACGUUUAUUCAGCAAUGCAAAUGAUGCAAAACUCAUGAGAUGGCAUGCAGAUGGACGUACAACAGAUGGCCAUUUGAGACAUCCGGCAGAUGGUUUGCAAUGGAAGAAAAUUGAUUCCAUGUUCCCAAAUUUCUCCAAUGAUUCAAGGAACAUUAGAUUUGGACUUGCUACAGAUGGAAUGAAUCCAUAUGGUAACUUGAGCAUAAACAUAGUUCAUGGCCUGUUCUAUUAG